AUCCCAUUACUGGUAAAAUGUGUUCCUAACUGCAGCUUUCCAGUCUCUAGCUCUUGUAGUGUGAACCAGAAAGAUCACAUUGUAGUCACACAGUUCUGGUGAAUGCUUUUUUUUGGGUCAGAUGGCACGCAAAACUGCCUCCCCAACCUUUUCAGAUUGCUGCUUAUUCACAUUCUUAUUUCUGUGUUUAUAAAACAUCUCAGCAUCAUGUGCAUGUGGUGCAAGUGCAUUGUGUUUUAAUUAGUGGGAGGGGGAGCUCUUUUUUCUGUCAGUGAUCAAUGACUUCCUUAUUUGGCACACUCAGUGCUAGAACACAGAAAUUGACUGGUGCUAGUCAGUUUCACGGCAGUAGCAUUUUAAACAAUAUAGCACUUACACUGGAUUCUCUGUGCUCGAGCAAUUAUUCAUCAACAUGAGUGCAGGGGAUGUGGUCUUCACAGGCUGGCUCAUCAAAUCACCUCCUGAAAAGAAAUUGAAGAGAUAUGCUUGGAGAAAAAGAUGGUUUGUGCUGCGCAGGGGCCGAAUGAGUGGCAACCCAGAUGUUCUGGAAUACUACAGGACCAAGACCUCCAAGAAGCCCAUCCGAGUGAUAAAUCUGAAUGAAUGUGAGGUGCAGAUCCACUCUGAAGUGAGGGUGGUCAAGAGGGAGUUUCAGAACCACCAUGUAUUUGUGGUGAAAACCUCCUUUCGAGUAUUUUACCUGGUGGCUAAGACUGAGGAGGAGAUGAACAACUGGGUGCACAAUAUCAGUCAGAUAUGUCACUUUGGACCCCUGGAUGAAAGAGCAGAUUCAGUGGAUAGCUUGUCACAGACCCCGUCCUCCCAGCAGCCCUCCCCUGCUGUCUCAACACACACAUCCAGGAACGCUGAUGAUGGUCUGUUCUCCACUCAUGACCUCACUGCUGACACCAACACCACUAAGGAAAGCCGCAGCGAGUCUGAUUCCAGCCUGCCCCUUGACUACCUCUUCCUGUCACAGUGUGAGACAGGAAGAUUCAGCAUCACCAGAUGUAAUAGCUGGUCAAACUCUGAAAGAUCUCUGGAGCAGAACUCAUCUGACAAUGCAUUUGAGGAAGUGUUCCUCUCUCCAUUGUGCCCCAAUCAGCUGUUCUCCCCCCUGAGUUCCACGGGACCCUCAGAUUCUCCUCCUAGCGUCCCCUCCUCCUCCACCCCACUAGAGAAAUCCCCUCAUACAGUUCAGCACGUUCCAAAUAUUUUCCAGUUUGACAAACCCCCCUCGGCGCUGUCCUUGGAAGCUGGUGUGGAAUGCAACACACCACCUCCUCGGCCCCCCAAACCCAGUCGCUUCUCUGAACGGCGCCCCGAUGAGCCAUCACCUCACAUAAUGCUGAAGAACGGGGAUGGUGCAUAUGCCUUGCAGCCUGGAAUCAUCCCAAGAAGAAUCUCUCUGGCAGGUCUGGAUCAUGUGAGGAGAGGUGAGUUUGAAGGCAACUCAGCGCGAAACUGGAGCAAAAGGCUCAGCCUUAAUUUGCCUCUUCCGGCUGCAGCAAAUAGCUCAAGUUCUGUGGACACCUAUGAAGACUCCUAUGUCCCAAUGAAUCCUGGCGCUUCUCCUCCUGUGUCGAGUUUGGACUGCUCCCCUGAUGGCUAUAUUCCCAUGAGUCCCACCUCAAUGAAAUUCCUCCUGUCUGGCAAUAAAACAGAUCCAAUCCCAACUGCCGUUCCUCUGCCAGAAUUGCCUGAUGACCUUGAACCCCCCCCUGUUAACCGUGACCUCAAACCACGACGAAGAACAAGACCACCCCCUCUUGAUCUCAGAGGCCUUUCCACAAUCAGAGAAUACCCAACCCAUUUACCCCUUACAAGGACUAUGACAGAGCCAUGCAAUCCAACACACUGUGUUCUACUGGAAGGAAGGCUUGGAGCUGGUGGCAAUCUAGGAGAAGAGGAAGAGAACUGCAUUUCAACGGAUUCCAGACAGCUGGUCUUUCCUACCAAUGAGAAUGCAAUUUUUCCCUUGCCAAGAAAAUCGAACCUUGACUAUCUUUCGUUGGACUUCAAUUCAGCAUCUCCUUCUCCUGUACAAAAGAAACCCUUGCUUGCUGAUGAACACCGAGUGGACUAUGUUCAAGUUGAUGAGAAAAAGACACAGGCCCUGCAAAACACUAAAAUGGAGUGGAAGGAUGUAAGACAGUCCAAAGUUUAACAUUUUGCUUUGAAAUCCUGCAAAGGGUACCAGAAGUAGAAGAAGAAGAACAGGCAAAGAAAACCCAUGAAAGAGUUUGUUUUCUUUAUUUCUGGAAAAGAUAAACCACAACCUGUUGUUUCACACCACUAUUUGACCUCUGCUGAAAUAUCAGUGCUGUACCUUUAACAAUCAGCAAAAACAGACAGUUAAUACUUUUUAAUGAUUGUCAUAUGUUUUCCUUGUAAAUUAUACGUAAUCAUGUCUUAAUUUAUUCAGAAUAUUGUUACAGAAGCAUUAAUGUACAAUGUUAGUGGUGAUAUCAAAAAGCACACUGAUUCUGAAUAGGAACAAGAAUGUUUUUUUUUCAUGUUCAUAUUAUAUUAUUUGAGAUUAAAAUACACUAAAAUGAAAAAACGCCAAAAACCGUGGUAGCAUAAUCAAAGGAUAUUUUUGCUGCCAUUACUAGCACUUUGAAAUAAACACGCAUUAAUUUACCCAGAAAUCCACAAUGAACUACCCCAAGUAAAAGCUACUAAAUGUUUUUGUUUUAUAAAAUACAUUUUUGUAAAAAGAAAAACACAAAAAUAUUCCAGGGCUCAAGUUCAGUCUACCAUAAGAUUUCUAAUACAAGGAACAUGGCCAUACUAUUCAGGGUAACAGAAUGUUCUAGAAAAUUAGUUUGUCAUUUGUUGCAAGUUGCUUAAAUUGAAAUGCAAUUUACUUCAUAAUGAAGUUUAUACUUUGUUUUUAUUAUUGUUAUUGUUCAUUUUUAUUACUUGAAGUGAACAGAAAUAUCUGCCAAAAAACAUGGCAUAGCUGUCAUAUAUUUUUUAGCUACUUUUAACUCUGCUGAAUUGAUUCCAUAAAGGGCAUUACUAUGGCUGAGAAGCAUCCAAAAAUUAAAAAGAUUAAAUGAAUAUGCUUUAACAGUCUUUAAAUAAACCUUUUAAUUUCAGAUUGUCAUACUGUGAAGGGGAAAAUAAACAUGUUUCAUGUAAAUUACGGAUAUAAAAAUGAAUACAGCAGUUAAAACUAUGGUUCCUUAGCUAGGACAGAGGAACAAAAGGUGUUAAGGUUUCAGUUUGUUAAACUAAUGUGUAAAAGUCAAAGUAGCCCGCUGAAACAUGCUGUAAUUUUCCUCUCCUUCACUGUUCUGUAAAUGUACAAUAUGUGUUGCAAAGCUCUCCAAAUCGAGAGAUCAAAGCAUGCAUCCACUCCAAGUUUGUGGCCUGGCUGAAGCUCAGUCUCACCCAAUGGGACAAGGAUAAACUGUAGACCCAUCCUACUUGGAAUAAGCCACUGGCUCAGGCUUAAAAAUGAAUGGCAAAAAGCUUAGACAAAAAUAAUAGCUGAAAAAUAAACCUUUUAUCUUAACGAGCUUAUAGACGCAAGCAGAAUCCACUGUAUGCACAACACACAGAUAACUGUAUUUGGCAUUGAUUUUUUUUCUAUAUGGAUUAAAGCAUGCAUAAUCUACAGCACAUUUGUCAAAUCAAAGUACGUAGGUGCAUGUUUUCAGUGGCAUUUUUGAUUUGCUUUUCAUGAAUUCAGGUACAAUUUAAAUCACUAUGAGGACUAGCUUCAUGAAAACGCACUGCAUUAACACUGUUAAAUAUUGUACAUUAUUUAACAUUUAAAAAGACGGGGGAAUCCUUAAAAAAUAACUAUUUGUACUUUGCAG